CGUUAGUGCAAGGCUAGCUUCCGGACCAGAGAGUUCUAACGCAGGACCUUCCGUGAACGGUAGUAACAUCCCCGCUAUGACUGCGACGCGCUCGUUGGGUCUUCUCUGGCUUGUGUGUCUCAGUGUGGCAUCCCUGGCACAAGGUCAAGGCUGUUCCAAGGAGUUUCUGGACAAGGUGCAGGUGUGCCACGACGAGCUGGACGGCCUGCCACGUCUCCUGCACGACACCCUCCUGGCGGUGGACAAUUUUGAGAAGAUUACAGCUCAUUGCAGACGCAACGCCAGUGCCUUCGUGGCCCAGUGCUUCAGUCAGCUGUAUGAGUGUCCGGAGCAUGUUGCCACCAGGGAUCGGUGUGACCUGGCUUCUCUGCACCCCGAGAUACUGGCCCGGAGAAUGGACCUCACAUGUCGGCUCUUGGAUGUUAUCAAGAAGGAGAUGGAUUGUGUAAACGAAAAGACAUGCGCAGUGAAGAGAUGCCUGACCACAAUCCCUCAACAGUCUGACGUCAUGACAUUUGCUAUAUUGAGCCCACCACGGAAAGGAAGCGGUUGCAACUGGCUGGAUCAGGUGAAGGUAUGCUACGAGAAACAUUUGCGAGGAGGAUGUUCUGACGUCAUAACGAACUACAUGACCGCCAUGUUGGAAACCCACAAGCCGCCAUCUUGUUCGCCCCAACAAUACACACCAAUGUCCUUGACAAUGUCGAAUACGGCAGAUAAAAUGAACACAAAAUAUGUCGUAUCAACGAUGGUAUUAUAUAGUCUAUUUUUGCAUUCGUGGACAUAACUAUUUUGGCCUUUGCGAGACAUGUCUGUCGCAGGUGAUUCAUUAUCUGCACGUUUUGCUAUAUGCCACGUGGGCUGCUAUUUCAUUACUGUAAGAUAAGUAACAGCAUACGAGACGAUAGCAAUUAUUUGCAGAUCGUAUUAAAUGUACAUGACAUUUGAAUCGUAAUAUGAACCUUUCUUGCCUUAUCGCUUAUUGCAAGAAAACCGACACGCAUACGCAUAACGGUAAUUGUAUCAAUGCCAUUUCAUGGACAACCUUUGGCUAAUUUCACGACAAAGUUUUGUGUGUACAUCAGCUGGGCAAACGAACGUUAAUUCCAAAUAUUUCCGCACAUCCAAAAGUAUUUUGAGAAAAUAUCUGUACAUAUUUUAUAUAAUAUCUUUUUGUCCUUCAUAGUGAAACCAGUUCUGCACAAUUCAAAUCAAUUUGGAGAAAUCCAAAGCAAACGUCUUCUAGAACUGCUUGGAAAGUGAGUUCUAUAAUUUUGCAUUUGAAGUCAUUCCUCACAUGGAAAGUUGACGUGAACCUUCGUUGAGUGUUGAUGAUUUAUCUUUCAAGAUGCAUGAUGUAUGACAGAUUUACAUAAAUUUCCUGUGACACUGUGUAUGUGGUUGAACACAAUAUGUUUGAUAUAAACAUAAUGAACGAUAGUUCCACCGAGGCUUUUUGUCUACGUACUCCUAACGAUAUUCCAGCCAUAUUUUGUCAAUGAACAAGGUAAACAAGGGAGAUGCUUCUAUGGACAUGCAACGAAUAUAUUGCAAUGUAUGCUACAUCUCGGUCUAGUGAGUGAGUUCAUGUUUUACAUAGCAUUGGUAAUAUGCAGCCAUAUACGAUGAGAACGUUUCGGUGUAGAUGUUAAGAUUGUUAUCAAGCAAGUGAUUACAGUCCUGUGGGUAAAGUUUCGUAUAUACAUAUAACUAUCUCCCUUGUCCAUCACACCAACAUCUCAUCUUCACUCAAAGAAGUCAAGAAACAAGGUAACCACUCCAAAUAACAGCAUCCCAUAUAGAAC